CCAAGGCGGGCAACAGCGGAAGUCCGAAGAAGUGGAGGCGACUGGCACUUACCAUGGAGGCCGAAGAAGAACCUCCGGCCGGACGUCGCUUACUCAGUCCAGCAGAACUGCUGGCAGCUCGAACACGUGACCACAAGAUCCCCCAGCGCUCACUUGGUCAGAAAGAUUUCAUUCCUGAUGGAUCAGAAGAACAAGAAUCAAAGCUGCAUCAAUGCCGGAAAGAACACUGGCAACUUUUGGAGGAGGAACGUGUAGUGCGGUUGGGAAGUCUGGUAAAGGCUGAAUGGAAGCCCCAGGAGAGUAUUGUGGAGCUGAAAUCCCCUGCAGGGAAAUUCUGGCAUACCAUGGGGUUUGCACAGCAUGGAAAGCAGUGUCUGCUUCCAGAAGAAGCCUUGUAUCUCCUGGAAUGUGGAUCCCUUCAGUUGUUCUAUAAAGACCUGCCUUUGUCAGUCCAGGAAGCCUAUGAGAAUCUGCUGUCUCCAAAGUCAGUCAGCCUACUAAAAUACCAGGUAUAUAGCCACUUGAAGCGACUGGGUUACAUCGUUUUGAGAUUCCAUUUCAGCACUAUUCCAACCCCUUAUGAGAGGCAGCUGAAUCUGGAUAGCCACUACCAAAGUACAGAGAGAGGCGGCCACAAGAGGAGAAGGAGCUCCAGUCCUCGGUUGCAAGACAAGAAACCCAAACCGUCUGAGAAAUCCCAGGAAUGGUCACCUAAAAAGGCCAAGAUCCAUCAUGGUAAUUCCAGCCCUCCAGCAUUAGAUGGCUCACCCAAAGCAAGAAUAAAGGCAUCAGAUGCAAAAACUGAAAAUAUAGAGUUGGUCCCAUCUUCAAGUGUCACAAAAGAAUGCAGUGAAUUGCCCACUUGUGUUCAAGACUACAAAGAGACACGUAGCAAGACCGUUGGGGAAAGCCAUAAUGAUGUCUGUGCAUCCAGGUGGAAUUUCACCUCUAUUGAUUUUCCUAACAUGGGUGCCGAUUACCCUCAAGUCUUCCUGCCAGAGCCUGAUAAGAGGCUCCUCCCAGAGAACAUAACAGCACGGGCAAUUGAUGCAAGCCCCUGGUGCAGGCGGCUCAACCAGAAACAUGAGAGGUUGACUCGCAAGGAACAGGAGCAGCUGAAGUGGGAGAGCAGAUACAAAAGGAGUAUCAACGAGGAUGUGGAAGUCAGGCGCUGCACCACCUGGCAAGAGUACAAGGCACUUCUGAGAGAGAGGAGCGGCCUGGCAGAUCUCUGCACACAGCCAGUCACCCCACUUGUGAAACCAAACCAAGGGCUCUCCACAGCUGACAUCCUUCAACAGAUCAAUGUUUUCCAACCCUCACACUUAUUAGAGGAAGCAUUUCAAUUACAGAAUCAUUCAUCACAGCUAAAGAUAGACUUUGAUGUAUAUCAUGCUGAUGAAGCUUCAAUUUUUAAAAAGAAUGAUCCUGGGAAGCCUUAUGUACGGAUGUGCGUUCAAAGGUUUGAUGAGCAGGUCCCAUCCCUGAAAGUUGUGAAGCAACUAUCUUAUCAAAGUGGAGAUGUUCCAGUGGUGUUUGCUUUAGUUGACAAUGGAAACAUCGCUUUCUUCUCUUUUAAGGAGUUCAAAUUGCCAACUGAUGUUUAUCCCUGAUACUGAUGCUGUCAUUUGGAGAAGCUGUUUUAUGAAUGGGUGUGUUGAAACAAGAUUACUCAGGGCUUGACUUUGUUCUAUUGGAUAUUGCCUGGAAUUCUGACUAACAGCACUGUGCUGCCAAAGGACAUACGUUCUGUAUAACAAGAGCCUAAAAGGAAAGAACUGUUCCAACAAAACCUCUUCUGAUUAGAAACACACAGUUAUUUUAUUCUUUUAAUCCACAAGUUCUCUGUUUUUAGUCUGCUGAUACCUAAAGCAGCAUUUCUGCCGAUCUGGAACAGUUUACUAAUUUGAGCCUAGGCAGAGUCCCAUAAUAUAUUUUGGCACCAGCUGAAUGUAAAAGUUGGAAACUACUUUCAUGAUUCACCAAAUAGAAAAGACAAAAAAAAAGUCAUUUUUUCCUAAUAAUCUUUAGUUCCAGGCCCAAGUAUAACUAUGGAACAUAUGAGAGUAGCUGGAUAUAUAGGUCAUUUGUCACUUUUUCUACAAGAAACGAAAGGAGGCUACCAAGUGCAUAGUUUGUACAGAAUUGAUGGAAUUAUACCACCAAUUUCUAUUUGCAGAUCUAUACAAUUUGAUUUAUCUAAUUUACUUAGGGUUUGGGCUACUAUUAGUGGAAUGCUAUGAUCUGCUUUUGCUUUCUAGCAUCACUCCUAGAUGCAAUUUAAAACUGUUGGAAAUUACUGUUUGUAUCACCAAGUUUAUUUUAUACUCUUGGCUGCUAUGGGUUUUUUUUCCCCUGAUACUGACGUUUUUUCUUUACUAUGAUAUUCCAUGGCAGUUGCAAUGUUACUAGGAUAAAAGGCACUGAAUAUUUUCUUGUUCAGGAGUAGCUUUCAUGAGAAAUUUUACACAGAAAUUGCAGGAAAAAAAUGGAUUUUUAGGUUAUUUCAGUUUGGCAAUAAAAUUAGCAAUAAGCAA